UCAGGUCCUCCUGAUUUCAGGGCUGUUGCUCUAUCCAUCUAGGUGCCCCAAAACUGAUCUUGGAAGAUCAGGAAAAAACUUUGUCAACAAAUCUGACUCAAUUAAUGGCAUGCAAACUUUAUAUAUGUGUGUGUGUGUGUGUGUGUGUGUGUGUGUGUGUGUGUGUGCAGAUAUAUGUUCCUUACAUGAGGGAUAACUCAUGGAAUAUCCCAUAUGCUAUGAUGCUAUUCACAUGAUUUCAGAUAAACCUGGGGGAAAGCUCACAUCAUGUCCAGUGAAAGCCCCAAGCCAAAACUGGAAAAAGACUAAGAAGAGAACUGCACAAGAUAAAAUGAUAUAUAUGGGUUUUGAUCUCUAUUAUUUGUCCUACAUCAGUAAAAUUACAGAUUCCUUGUAAUAUUAGAAUUUGCAUAUUACUUUCUUUUGGUAGGAAAUAAGCCCAUUGAAAGCCCAAAUUGUUUUGUCAAUAUAUUCCUCAUUGCCUAAGAAAAUGGCUUUCCUAUAAUAGGCCUUUAAUAAACAUGUACUAGAAGUAUAUCUAAUAAAAAGCAUGUUUCUAUAUGAAAACCGAUUAUCUUUUUCAGAAUUUUUUUUUAAAACUGGUAUUCAUGAGUAGUGAUUACACAAAAACUGUACAAUGCCAAGAAAGAAUAAGAGAUCCACUGGAAAUGUUUCAUUCUGGGCACCUGGUAAAAAUAUGUGCUCCUAUGGUUCGAUAUUCAAAAUUGGCUUUCAGGACACUAGUGAGAAAAUACAACUGUGAUCUGUGUUAUACUCCAAUGAUAGUUGCUGCUGAUUUUGUCCGAUCUAUAAAAGCCAGAGAUAGUGAAUUCACCACAAACAAAGGUGAUUGUCCGCUGAUUGUUCAAUUUGCUGCUAAUGAUGCACAACUUUUAUCUGAUGCUGCCCGAAUAGUCUAUCCUUAUGCGAAUGGAAUAGACAUUAACUGUGGUUGUCCUCAGAGAUGGGCCAUAACAGAAGGAUAUGGAGCAUGUUUAAUAAAUAAACCUGAACUUGUUCGAGAUAUGGUUAAACAAGUAAAAAGUCAAGUGGAAAAUCCAAAGUUUUCAGUGUCCAUUAAAAUAAGGAUCCAUGAUGAUCUUACAAGAACUGUAGAUCUUUGUCGGAAAGCUGAAGCAACGGGAGUUUCCUGGAUUACAGUUCAUGGAAGAAAUAUUGAAGAAAGACACCAGCCAGUACACUAUGAUGCAAUUAAAAUAAUUAAAGAAAAUGUAUCUGUACCUAUAAUUGCUAAUGGAGACAUUAAAAGUUUAAAGGAAGCAGAAAAUGUUCAGGAAAUAACUGGGACAAAUGGUAUAAUGGUUGCAAGAGGACUUUUAGCAAAUCCUGCUAUGUUUGCUGGAUAUAAAGAAACUCCUUUGAAAUGCAUCUGGGAUUGGGUUGACAUUGCUCUUGAGCACGGCACACCUUUUAUGUGCUUUCAUCAUCAUUUAAUGUACAUGAUGGAAAGGAUAACAUCAAAGCAAGAAAAAAAGGUGUUUAAUGCUCUGUCAAGUACAACUGCAGUUUUAGAUUAUCUUACAGACCAUUAUAGCAUGUAAAAACUGUGUCAGAUAUAUAAUGUAUUGUUUAUAUUUGACAAAAAUAAAUUGUGGGAGUUUUUAAUGCUUGAUUUCUUUAAAUCUUAAAUAGUUCACAAAAAAUGUUCACUAGUAAUGUCAUUUUAUGAUUUUUUCUGAAAUCAUAAUUCAUAUUUUUUGAGAAAAACAUUUUAAAGUAAAACAUUCAUGAUUUUAAUAUAACUCCUAUAAGUGGAUAUAAAAAUUGUUGCAAAUUUAUUAACGAAAAUAACUGCAAAGAAAUUAUAGAAACAGCACAAAAAUCCUUAGAAGUGGAAAACUAAAAUUUUGUAUAAAAUUGCUCCUACAGAGUGACACAAGUUCCAUUUGAAAAACCAAAUUCAUAGUGUUAUUGAAUUCUACAUUUAUGGAAGCAAAUUUAAAAUAAGUUCCAUUAAAAUUAGUCAUUUUAAUCAGAUUUACAGGUUUCUAACACAUAUAUCCAAGACUUCUUGAAAUUCUAAAAAUGGCAUUAACAAUUUCUAGAACUUUCAGUCAUUUGGGAAAUUGAAAGAACUUGAUAAACACAUAUUCCUGAAAAACUUAAAUGGCAUUCCCUUUACCAUCUUUGAAAUACUUUCCUAGCUGAAAUGUCUAUAUUGUCAUCUUAAGGAUGAAUGUUUUUAGUGAUGGAUGGUAAAAGAUUAAGCCCAUCAUACU